UCACCUUUUAUGCUCCAUUUUCGCUUUGAGGCCUCCGUAUUUUUUGUCUUGCUUGUCUUGCUGGCCUGUUGCUGCUCUCGUUUGUUCAUUCCUGUUUCGUCUGUUUUGGUCGUGCUGUUGUUGAUUUUGACCGUUAUAUAUCACCUGGCUAUUUCUUGCACCUCCUCUUCAGUCGGCCAUCGACUUGGGAGGCUAGCCGGAGUCCGCUAUGCUUCAGUCUACAGCAAUUGAAGCUUUGUUUUACACUUGGAUCCAGCAAUAAUGGCCACGGAAUCCCGGAAAUCAGGUCUGCGCCACGGCAAUCAUGUUCACAACUCCUUGACCUCGGUCACCGAGUGUGUCCUCGGUCUCAAGGACCAGUUUGACGAUAAUGAUCUUCCCGGCCUACGUUCCUUGAUCGAUGACUACUUUGACUCAAAUGUCUCCGUCGACGAAGAGCAUUUCGUCCAACGCUUCUUACGUGCUUUCAAACAAUCUAGGAAGGACUCGACCUACAGUCACCUCCUUGGAGACUAUGACGACGAAUUCCGUGUCAUUGUCAACGACUUCGUUGAUGGGAAGAUCAACGCCCAGGCUGCUGCCGAGAGGUACUCGCCUUUUGCAGCACGUAAGCCUCCAAAGGGGAUCGUGCAAACCCCUGGCCUUGUCAGUCUCGCCGGCCCCGAUAGGAACCUCCUUGAAGAGCACACCAACCUGCUCAAGGCCCUUCCCACUGCCAUUCCGUCUUACAUCAACAAGCUGAUCGCCAAGAUUGCCCCAUCCCUCAAAGAUCCCAAAGAGUUUCUGUACAUUCCUUCGUUCAAAAAUCUCGAGUUUCAGAACCAUGGCCGCACCGUCAAGCAUACUCCUGCCGUCACUUGUGUGCCCAAGACUGCCCAAGACAUUGCAGAGAUUGUCAAAUACGCCAAAGCCAAGAAGAUGGGAGUCCGCGUGGCUGGCUUCCGUCAUUCAUGGUCUCCUGUUUUUGGCCGUUCCCACAAGCACAAAAACAAGAACAACGGGGACAUUCUCAUAUCAACUCUCGGACUCGUCGAUGCUACCCUCUUACCCAAUUUUACCUCACUGCCAACCGACCUCUUCCAGCCAGAAGCCAAAGACCUCAACUCCAUCGUAUUUGUCGACCACAAUUACGUCAAAGGUCCUCAGCUCUCUAAUGGAAAACGCUAUGUUCGUGUCGGCACCUCCACAACCAACGAGCAGUUGAGAAGGUGGUGCAUCAAUGCUGGCAAAGUGACCCUGCCCUGCCAAAUCAUCGAAGUUGAGAUCACCAUGGGCGGUAGUAAUGCCACCAUCUGCCAUGGUGCAGGCAUCAACAACCCGACUUUGAGCGAUCUCGUUCGAGCCAUCGAAUAUGUUGAUGCCAAUGGAGUCUUGCGAAUGAUCGACAUGUCCACUCCAGCCAUGCUCCGAGCAGCUGCGGGUUGUUUUGGCCUCAUUGGAGUUGUCACCCAUCUCGUCCUCGAAUUCGACAGGCUCGCAUGCGCCUUGAUGAAGCCACGCAAAAUCCCUGUAGUUGAGGCCAUUCCGCCCCCUCCUGGUUUCAAAUACACUGAUAUCCCUCUUCCCCUACGCCCUAAAGAACCACUGAGCCCGGAACGUGCUGCCGAGGUGCAACGUGACUUUGAACAUCGUGCCAUCAACCAUUUCUACGCCGAGUGGUUCUGGUUUCCGUAUUCGAGCGACGUCUGGGUCAACACCUGGGAGAAGACGGAUGAUUUGACUGGCGCCAAAGACUACCCGAGUAAUAUCAAAACUGUCCUACAGGUUUUUGGCACCUUCAUGAUGCAGCUUGCCCAAAAUGCCACCAUCCUAUUGGACAUCACCGACAAGUACCCUGAAACCCAGACGAAGCUGCUCACAUGGCUAGCCAUGAAGAACCUUGACGACGUCGGACCCCACGGCGAACCUAUCAAAACUUGGAUCCCUGAUGCGCUCCACUUCCAGCGAGGUGUGCAAAACAUUCGAGUACGCGAUCUCGAGAUCGAGAUUCCGUUACAACCACGCAUUACCAACUCUGAACCCCAACAGUCCACCACGAGCGUGACGCCAGAACCCGGGACGGAUACCAACACCGAUGCUGAUACAGACCCGGAGAUCCAUAGGACAUCUCUUGCCUCGUCAACCACGUGGCAGUCAUCCCCCACAGCUCUUCGAACUACGCAGACGAUCGACCUAAGCAUUGUGCAGCGGGCAUGGUGGGACGCGAUCAUCGCGUGCUACAGCGACAUCGACAGUUCUCCGCAACGCAUGCCACUGGAGAUGCGCAUCAUGUCGGAUUCGAAAGUGACACUGGCGCCGCAACGAGGACACCCGCUGGGCGUAUGCGCCAUCGAGAUUCUUACCCUGCACAACGUUGCGGACAUCUGGCCUGCGCACGCACAGAAGGUCCUGGACAAGUGGACCGACUACCGGGAUGCGACUGGGGCACUGGUGCCCGUGCGACCACACUGGGCUAAAGAAUGGUAUGGAUACCAGUACCGCGGCCGACCGUGGGAGGAAGUCCUCCGCAACGAAACAGCCGAACAUGGUGGCUACCGCGACGAGAUUGCCGAGUGGCAGCGUGAGGUGACGGAAUUAGCCACCCGAGACGGCUGGAAAAUCGAGAAUGCACGCCGUAUCUUUGGCAACGAGGCUUUGGAUCGCUUGUUCUGGACCGGCAUCGAUAGAGUAUCUGCCUCUGCAGCUGCCGCCCGUCUCGAGUCGACCAACGGUAAGGCGGCGAAUGGCGGUACCCGCCGCCGAUUCACAUUCAGAAGCCCCAAAUCCUUGCCUCAAGCCGAGCAGGAAUCUGCCAAUACUGACAAACACGGGCGGCAGCAACCAUUGCAGCGAUUGAUGACAAGACUCAAGAAAGCGAUAAACUGAUUACUUGAUGGAUCGAUCCAUCAAACAUCGACCCAGGUCGACCAGAUCGCUCGAUCUGUGAAAAAUAGAAGAGGGGGCGAUACAUGGUCAAGAAUCAGCCACGACUUUUAUGACUGACUGAUGAACGAACCAACUGUUUUAGCGACCGACUAUGCGAUUAUACGACAAUGAAAACAAAACGUGAAUUAUGAAUUAAUGCUCAACGAUAAUGACAGCGAUGAAUAAAGCAAUUUAGGGUUGGGAUGUGCGCGCAUGCAAUCUGUUUUGACAUGUUUUGAUAUGAGAUAUUCAUAAGGCGACUACUUACUGAUUGACGAGAUCCUAGUACGUAUUGGUUAGAUUAUGAGGCAACUUAAUUUGGUUGGUUGGUUGUCUGAUUGAC